UCAAGUUUUGAGUCUUUCAGACCAGAGGCGGGCACCCGCCCCGCACCGGGUUCUGUGCCGGCGCAGCCGGCGGCCAUGGCGGACGCAGGGGUGACGGGGGUGGUGGCCAAGCUGGGUGAGCUGGCGGCGGAGGAAGCGACGGCGUUGCUGCGCGUGGACGCCGAGAUCCGGGCGCUGCGCCGGAAGUUGGCCUACCUGCAGGCACUCGUCCGCGGGGCCGACCGCCAGCGCCGCGGCCGCGCAAGCGAGCUGCUCCUGCUCUGGCUGCGCGAGACCAGGGAGGUCGCCUUCGAGGUCGAGGACGCCGUCGAUGAGUUCCACCUCCGCGUCGAGGCCUGCCGCCUCGGGGCUCGGUGGCGCCGGCGACGCAGAUGGUGGUGGGGGUGGCACCGCGACGCCGUCAGCCUCGUCCAGGCCCUCACCACGCAGCUCUUCUUUUCCAAUCAGUACAACAGUAAAGACCUUCUGAUCUUUUGGGCAAAUAAAUGUGUACUCUCUCCGGUCCUAAGUAUUUUUGUACGUCAUGGGCUGUCAAAUCAAAUAUCUAAGAUCAAUGAAAGGAUUGAGGAACUUAAUCAGAACAAGGAAACCUAUCAAAUUGAAAGUUCUCCUUCUGAAAUUUGGAGCUAUGCGUCAGUUGAAGUGGAUCCUGAGUGGUACGAGGAUAAAUAUGUUAUAGGCUCUAGAGAAAGUGAAUUUGCUAUCCUUAAGGACCUAAUCAUCAACAAAGAGGGAGAUAUUUCUCACCGGGCUGUCAUCUCAAUUUUGGGGGAGCGUGGCAUUGGAAAGACUACACUUGCAAAAAAGCUGUACAAUGACCCAGAUAUCAUAAAACACUUUGAGGUCCAUGCAUGGGUAUGUCUUCCACCACAUAUCAGGUUCAGGGAGUACAUUGAGAUUAUGUACAUGCAGGUCAGCUCACAGGUUCCAGAAACUCCUGAGGAAAAUGAUAGUACAAUAUUUGCACCUGGUAACGAAGAAACCACCGAUAUGGAAUUCAAACUUUGGCAGAACCUUGAGAACAGGAGGUACCUAGUUGUUCUUGAUGGUUUAGUUAGCAUUAGUGACUGGAACUCAUUAUUUGCUGUGCUGCCAGAUACCAAUUGCAGCAGGAUCUUACUCACCACACAUCUCAAUGUGAAGGAAAUCAAUCACAUUGACCCACAGAUAGCUCCCAUUAAGCUUCCUUAUCUUGACGAAAAACAUGGAGAGGAGUUAUUUUGUCAACGAGUUUUUGGGACAAUAGAACCUCCAGAAAUUUAUAGGAGCAAGGGUUACUAUAAAAAAGUUCACAGUAUAUCAACAGGUCUACCCCUGGCAAUUACUGUGCUUGCAGGAAUACUAAGAUCAAAGUUGUUUCCCAUGGAGUGGGAUGUCAUAUUCGAACAACUCGAGUCCAAUGGCCAACCAAAACCAGUUAGAAGCAUAUGGUAUUUGGCUUUUGAUGACUUGCCACACUACCUUAAGUCAUGUUUCCUAUACUUCGCGUCUGUUUCAGAAAAUGUCAUUCUUUACCCAGAUCGUUUGGUGCGUCUGUGGAUUGCUGAAGGUUUUGUUAUGCCAAAGAAGGCAGAAACGCUGGAGGAUGUUGGGUUUGACUAUCUCAAAGAACUGGUCUCAAGAGGGUUAGUCCAGGUCAUGGAGAAGGAUGCUGGUGGAUCCAUCAAGCUGGUAGCCAUCCACAAUCUGCUCCAUGCUUUUGUGGAGUCUGAAGCACAGGACUCUAGUUUCCUUGAAAUCCAUCAUCAUGCUAAUGUUGUAAAUCCAAAUGCAGUGCGGCGCCUUGCCAUACAAAACUAUGUGGAUGGAUAUGUCCACAUACCUAAUGCGUUCCCAAAGCUGCGUUCUCUUCUCUGUGAUUUUGCAGAAGAUCAACGCAGUAGCUCAAGCUCUGGAGAGCUGCAACCUCAGUCAUUAUGGGGCAAUCUUGCAGAGUUGUGUUCAAGAGCCUGUGGUAUUUCGGAGAAUGUUAGCUCAAACACAUUGCAUGGACUCCACUUCUUACAGGGCUCCAGAUUUCUACGAGUUGUUGACCUAAACGGUCUUAAGAUGCAAAAGCUGCCAGAUGUGAUCGGCAACAUAAUCCACUUGAGGUACCUUGGCAUUAGGAACAGCAACUUGGAGGAACUCCCCUCAUCCAUCUAUAAGCUUGACAAUCUCCAGACAUUGGACGUAAGGAAAACAAACGUGGGGAAAACUGUCGAUGAGUUUUGGGACAUCGAAGCACUACGGCAUGUGCUUGCUGAGAAAAUGCUUUUGCCCGAUUGUUCAGUUCCCUUGAAUAAUUUGAUGACACUCAACGGUGUGGUGCCUUGUAGUUUGUGGGAUGAAAAGAACUGCCCCUUGAACAAUAUGAUUUAUCUCCGAUCAUUGUCUAUGUCUGGCAUUUCAGCAGCCCAUACUACCGCACUUUCAGCAGCUCUAAGGAAAAUGGAAUUCCUUUUGUACCUGAACUUGUCAGGUGAAUUUCUUCCAUCUAACAUGUUCACCACCUCAAGCAUGCGCCGUCUCCAGGUCCUCAUCCUGCAUGGUAAGCUACAAGGGAUUAAUGAUCUACCAAAUGAUCGCUAUGUCCUACCAAACCUUACCAUGCUCUAUUUGCAUAAAUCUGAAGUGUCACAACACUUUGUGCACAAGCUUGCUACGCUGCCAUGCCUUGUUGAGAUGGAGCUGUCAGCUGUUUCAUACAGUGAGACGACACUGUUCUUCGACGGAUUCCUGAGCCUUGCAAGACUGAAGCUUGAGAAGGUGUCUAUGUUAAAGGAGCUAGUGAUAGGUGAAGGGGCCAUGCCAAUGCUUUCCAUCAUAUCCAUGUAUGAUUGUGACAGCUUGAAGGCCUUUAAGGCCUUGAAUGGCUUGGAACACCUCCAAGAAGUGGCAAUCUACAAUAUGCCAGAGAUUGUUGAUAACAUAAAGCUUCAGGACGAGAAGCUUUUCAGCAAGAUCAAAUGCCUGACUAUCCCCACGAUAGUAACAGACCGAGGAGGCUUUCCUGGUCGUUUUGUCAGAAUGUUGGAUCAACUGGAUCAUGUAGUACGUGUCACAGUGGCUUCUGAAUCACGUUGCAGUGACAUGUAGGAUGAUGAUCAUGGUGAAGGGAAAUUAACAGACGAAUUACAUUAUGGCCCUGGUCCAUGGUCUAGUAAGUCAUCCUCGGAGUCCUUAGCAUGUUAACAUAUAUAUAUCAGUGCAGCAGAAGCAUUUGCCUUCCAAUGCUGUUUGCUGUGGGUGUCACGGAUGGCGCACAUCAUCAACAGCAUGGCGCGUGAAAGAGUCAGCCUAUGACUUCAUCGCUUCGCUCGUUCUGUUAAAUAAUGGAGUAAUAAGUAAAGAAAUCAGAAAAAAAAAAAGGCUGCGGUGUUUUGCAGCACAAAAAAAUGGCGUGUAUGAGUAGCAACCAGUGAUCGGCGGCUGGGACUGCAGCAACCCCGCAAGUUACUAGUAAGAAAUUGUUAUGUUAUUGUGGCAGAACAAGUAAUUAUUAUCCUUUUUUUUGUUCUGAACUUGUAAGAUGUUUCCUACCCUCUAGUUUGUUUGAAAUAAGAUCACUGGUAGUGCUCUGUAUUUCAGUUUUCAGGCUCUAGUUUGGACAUUGCAGUCUUAAUUGUCUUUUCGGUCUGGACAUUGUAAGAACCAUGAACAUGUCAACUUUGCAAGGCUCUGAUGCUGGUACCACAAAGUAUGUUCUGUGGAAAGAUGCCUCGGGCAUGCUUUUGAGUUUU